AUGGUACGACUCGUUCCAUACAACCUCCUGCCUCCGACCGGGCCCAACUUUCAUCAGGAAAUUUCCUCGCAGCUUCCUCACUUCCCCUCAGUAAACUUCCGCACCGUCAGCAACGCCAGUCGGCCAAACGCUCCCUACAUCAACAUGUUCCGUCGAGUCUCUCCCCGUGCCGCGAGGCUCAUGCGUGGCGGCGCGUGCCACGAGAUGCGCGCACCCUUCGCCACGAGCCGGUGCGGCCUCAAUGCUAAUGUCUCGACGACCACUUCGGAUCUCGGCCAGCCAGCCUUAGCCAGUGCGAGCUCGGGUAAGCCCUCAUCAAGCUGUCGGCCACUGCAGGAGGCAACUUAUCGGCAGCUACCAUCGACCAUGCAGAAGAUGUCGCUGAUGGGCAAGGUCGUUAUCGUGACGGGGGGUGCGCGUGGUUUGGGCUACAACAUGGCCGAGGCGUGUGUGGAGGCCGGCGCGAAGGCAAUCAUCAUCCUCGACACCAACACGGCCCUUGGCGAGGCGGCCGUCAAGGCCUUACUCGAGGCGACCAACAACAGUGUCGCUGUCGCUUUCUACAACGUUGACGUGCGCAGCGAAGAAGAUAUCAACCGGUCUAUGGACGAGCUCACCGCUGCUCACGGCGUGCCGGACGUGCUCAUCAAUUCAGCGGGCAUUGCAGACUCCAACAUGCCGGCCGAGACCUACGAUACGAAGCUCUUCUCCCGUCUCAUCGAUAUCAACCUCAACGGCUCCUUCCUUAUGGCCCAGGCCCUUGGCAAGAGGCUCAUUGAGGCUAAGAAGCCGGGGUCCAUUGUUUUUAUCGCCUCGAUGAGCGGCGGCAUCGUUAACUACCCCCAAGAACAGUCGUGCUACAAUGCCUCCAAAGCUGGUGUCAUCAUGCUUGGUAAAUCGCUCGCCGCCGAGUGGGCCAAGUUUGGCAUUCGCGUCAACAUGAUCUCUCCCGGCUACAUGGACACAGCCCUCAACAAUGUGCCAGCCCUCGAUGCGCAGAAGAAGAUCUGGAAGGCCCUCACGCCACAGAGCCGGCUCGGCGCCGUGCAUGACCUCAACGGCCUAGCCGUUCUCUUGGCCUCCGACUCGUCAGCCUUCAUGACGGGUAGCAAUAUUAUUAUAGACGGCGGCUACACGCUUUACUGA